GCAUAUUCCUCCUUGGGGUAGUUGAAGUAUCAACACACGCCAAGCAGAAUACCAGUUUGUUAAUUCUUCCAUCGAAAUCAGGAAAUCGACGAGCAGCUCGAACAUGUUGCGGGAGUUGUUGGUGCUGGCCCUGACGGGCUUCUGCCUUGCCCAGGCGCUGGGAUACGAGACCCACACCGCAGAUGUAGAGUUUCUUCACAAACAGAAGAAAAUCUACGAGCUCUUCUUCUUCGUCGAACAACCCAAAAUCGUAGGAAGCGAAUGUUACGAAGUCGGCUACAACUAUGACAUCGAGAGCAACAUUGACAUGUACACCGACAAGACUUACGUACGGGAAUUCCUGUACCGCUUCAAGUACGGUAUGCUGAAACGUGGUGCCCUCUUCUCAGUCUACUACAAGGACCACCGUUACGAACUUCUGUCCUUGUUCCGUCUGAUGUACGCCGCCAAAGACUUCGAAACCUUCUACAAGACUGCUUGUUGGGCCCGUUACUACAUGAACGAGGGUAUGUUCGUGACAGCUUUGACAACGGCUGUCAUGUACCGUCACGACUGCAAGUACAUCCAGCUUCCGCCCUACUACGAGAUCUACCCCCACUUCUUCUUCGACUACGAGGUCAUCCAACAAGCUCACUACGUCAAGAUGAUGAUGGGUCACAAGAAGUCUGUGUCGAUGGACAAUGUUGAGACUUACCUGAUCGACAGCAACUACACCACCUCGUGCCACAACUACGACACCUUCGAAUACGAAUACAAACUUGACUACUUUAUGGAGGAUAUCAGCCUUAACAAUUACUAUUACUACUUCCGCACCACUUUCCCCUUCUGGUUGUCAAUGAAGGACGUCCACGUAGUACCGAAACAAAUCCGUGGAGAGCUCUACUACUACAUCCAUCAGCAACUCAUGGCUCGUUACUACCUCGAACGUUUGUCCAACGGUCUUGGCCCCAUCGAAGACUUUGACUUCAGCCACAAAUUCCUGCCAUCGUACUACUCGAACCUCGUCUACCCCAACGGCGUCAGCGUACCAAAACGUGACUUCUUCAGCGACAUUCCCUUCUACAAAUACAAAUACGUCAAGGAAAUCGAAAACAUGGAAAUGCGCAUCCUCGCUGCGAUUGACUCCGGAUUCUUGAUGGACUACGAAGGCAAACAAAUUGGAAUUUACACCGAGGAAGGUUUGAACAUGCUCGGAAACAUGAUCGAAGGUAACUACGAUUCGUGCAACUUGAGAUUCUACGGUGCCGUCGACGCUUUGUACAGAGACAUAUUCGGCUUCAACUACAACUGCAAGAGCAAGAACUGCUUCGUCCCGAGCGUCCUCCAAUCGUACAGCACCAGCAUGAGAGACCCAGCUUUCUACAGACUGUACAAGAGAAUCAUCAACUACUUCUUGAGAUACAAGUGCAACGUCCCCGCCUACACCCACCAGGAACUCGAAUACAGCGGCGUCAAGAUCGAGAACGUAUACGUCGACAAGAUCUACACCUUCUUCGAGAAAUACCACUACCUCAUCGACAACGCCGUCACCAUCGACAGCUGGAAGGACGUCCUGUCAUUCAACAUCAAGGCUGCCCAAUACCGUCUCAACUACAAACCCUUCACUUACCGCUUCGAUGUUAAAUCCGACAAAAUGACCAAGGGUAUGGUCAAGAUCUUCUUGGGACCUUACUUCGACUACUACGACAACGAAUACACCUACUUCAAGGACAACUGGAUGAACUUCUACGAACUCGACAAAUUCACCGUCGACCUGAAACCUGGCAUGAACACGAUCGAACGUUUGAGCACCGAAUCCGCAUACACGAUGAAAGACUUCGUGUCCGGCGACAAAUUCUACAAGAAGUUGUUGAAGGCCAUCGAAGGCAACGAGCCGUUCGUCUACACCGAGAGAAUGUUCGGCUUCCCCGACAACCUUCUCUUCCCCAGGGGUAAAACCGACGGAAUGAAGUACAAGCUCUUCUUCUACAUCUUCCCGAUUGAGGAGUCCAAACUGUCGACUUACGACUUCCCGAUGUUCGGCAAAUUCUUGUACGACGGCAAACCAAUGGGCUUCCCGCUCGACCGUCCUCUCUACCCGUGGUACCUUGACAUGCCCAACAUGUACUUCAAGGACAUCGAAAUCUUCUUCCUCAAGGGCGAGGAAGGCUAUUACAAGGCCAAGGAAUUCGACACCUACGGUGACAAGUACUACGGCAAAUACGACAACAAAUACGGAAAAUACCGCUCGUUCGACAAGUACGAGAAACCCACGUACAACACCGACUACAACAAACACUUCAACAUCUAAAUGUCAUGACAAUCGACGACAACAUUCGUCUUACAAACUCGACUUGAUGAGCUUUCACGCACACGACGUUCGAGAGCUCCGAUCGACUUUGUUUUAUCAGCCCACGAUUAAUCCGAUUGGUUUUCUCUUGUAAAUGCCUUUGUUUAUUCUCUUUUCAUUUCUCAAAUAAAAUUAUUUUCGAACCGUAA